UCCCCAGCCGACACCCGCUUCCGGUCGGCGGCCGUCUGCGGAAGGGUGUCCCGCCUCUUCCGCCUUUACAGCGGAGGUGGCGGCGGCGGCGGCGCCUGCGCGUCUUCUGUCAGGGUCAGCAGGCGGGUCCCCUGGGUGGUCCACCUGCGCGUCGCGGAGCCGCGCCGUGGGGGUCGAUGGCGAUGAACUAUAACGCGAAGGAUGAAGUGGAUGGUGGACCCCAGUGUCCUCCCGGGGGCACCGCUAAGAACCGGAGACCGGAUAACACGGCCUUCAAACAGCAACGGUUGCCGGCUUGGCAGCCCAUCCUCACGGCUGGCACGGUGCUCCCUACCUUCUUCAUCAUCGGCCUCAUCUUCAUCCCCAUUGGCAUCGGCAUCUUCGUCACCUCCAACAACAUCCGCGAGAUCGAGAUUGAUUAUACCGGAACAGACCCUUCUAGUCCCUGCAAUAAAUGUUUGUCUCCGAAUGCGACACCUUGUUACUGUACCAUUAACUUCACACUGGAACAGUCAUUUGAGGGCAAUGUGUUUAUGUAUUAUGGACUGUCUAAUUUCUAUCAAAACCAUCGUCGUUACGUGAAAUCUCGAGAUGAUAGUCAACUAAAUGGAGAUUCUAGUGCUUUACUUAAUCCCAGUAAGGAAUGUGAGCCUUAUCGAAGAAAUGAAGACAAACCGAUUGCUCCUUGUGGAGCUAUUGCCAACAGCAUGUUUAAUGAUACAUUAGAAUUAUUUCUUAUUGGCAAUGAAUCUUACCCUACACCUAUUCCUUUGAAAAAGAAAGGUAUUGCUUGGUGGACAGAUAAAAAUGUGAAAUUCAGAAAUCCCUCUGGAGGAGAAAGUCUAAAAGAACGAUUCAAAGGUACAACAAAGCCAGUAAACUGGGUUAAACCAGUGUAUAUGCUGGAUUCUGAACCAGAUAACAAUGGGUUCAUAAAUGAGGAUUUUAUUGUUUGGAUGCGUACUGCAGCAUUACCUACUUUUCGUAAGUUAUAUCGUCUUAUAGAGCGGAAAAGUGAUUUACAUCCAACGUUACCAGCUGGACGAUACUAUUUGAAUAUCACGUACAAUUACCCUGUACAUUCUUUUGAUGGACGAAAGCGGAUGAUCUUGAGCACUAUUUCAUGGAUGGGAGGAAAAAAUCCAUUUUUGGGGAUUGCUUACAUCGCUAUUGGAUCCAUCUCCUUUCUUCUGGGAGUUGUACUGCUAGUAAUUAAUCAUAAAUAUAGAAACAGUAGUAAUACUGCUGACAUUACCAUUUAAUUUUAUAUUCUGAAAACAAAUUUACUGCAUGUGCAUCAAGGCCAGUCCUGUUCAACCUAGCUUUCGAAUGCCGAUGUCUGGUUAGUAUGUCAUUUUUGAAGUUGGCACAUAACUUUUUUUUUAAAAAGCAGUUUUUGUCCUUUGCUCCUUCUUUAUGGAUGUCUUAUGGAAAUAUAUGACGGGUAUGAAACAAAUUAACUAUAUUGAUCAUAUCAACACUGUAACUGCUGAAAUGGCAUUCUAAUGUUUGCUUUGUGUUGGAUCAGGCCAUAUGAUGCAUAGAGCCUCUUUCCUGUGAAAUGCAUCUACUGCUUAAAUGUUUAUGCUGUGUUGAUAAUAUUAUAUUGACAUGAUGCUGUAUAUGUGUGCCUGUUGUGUGAAGAAAGGGAUUACAAGAUGUAUGAAUAUAAUGACUUGCUAACCUUGCAGGAUUCGGAGUUACAAAACGAUGAAGAAAGACCAAAUUAAAUAAAACACUUCAUCAUUUUCAUGUGUCGUGUGUAAAGGCUUAAAGUACCAUCUUUGUUGAGGUGGUUCCUGUAUUCAGUUUAUCCAGUACAGUUCUUUUUCAAGUUUAGCUUUGAUUUCAAAGGACAAGGACAUGCUUACCUUGUCUAGCAUAGGAAUUAAUAGUCAUGUCUAGAGGUCAGGUGGGUCUCGGGUGGGAGAAUUUAAAAUUCCUUUUUCGAUUUGGUGAAGAUGUUGCAGUCAGGAACCCCAACUCACUUGAUACGUUUUUACAUGUGCUCAUUUCCCUUGAAGCUUAUACUUCAUAAGGGAUACAUAGGUGAGAUGGGGAAACUUCUUGGCAGACCUUCAUCUUCUGCCUCAACUAUAAACCAAUUGUAAAUGUUCAAAGGAGACUUUUCAUUCUUGUGGUAUUUAGCAUUCAGAAAUUUGCUUCAGCAUUGGAAAUACCUCAAGCUGUUUUUAUUUUGCAGGUAAGUUUUUAUUUAAGUACUAAUGUUAUAUUGUAGAAAUUUUAGAAAACAGUAACCUUCAUUUCUUUUAUAUUUCAUUCAAUUUUUGUAUAUAGGUCAAAUGUGGAUGUGUAUGCACAUUCUUUUUAGUUAAGGUACCGUUAUUCUGGUUGGUUUUUCCUAAAACAUACUUUAAAAAUAAAUUCUUAAAUUUCCUAAAUUCUGGAGAUUUUACAGUAUGUACAUGGUAAAUUAUAAUAUAUAUAUGGUUGAAGUUAUUUUAUUUUCUAUUAACUGGAAUUAUUUUAAUAUUCCUUAUUGAAUAAAUGCUAUAAUUUGUUUGCUAUGGAACUUAUUCUUGAAUGUAAACUUACUUUUUCACAUGCAUGAAAACAUAUGUUUUAAUCAGAGAUGGCUUAAUUGCUUUGAAAUAGCUUUUUUUUUUUAAUUUUAAACUCAUAUGUUUGUAUAGAAGGUAGCUGUUUAUUCAGAGUUUGUAAUGAUUCCCUUCAGUUAUAUUUUAAAUCAAAAGGUCUUGGUAAUGUAUCAAUUUUGAUUAAUAUAUGUUUUUUAAAAAAAAACAAACAAAUAAUGUAAUGGUAAUAGAAAUGUGCCACACUUCAUAGGUUUUGUAUAACAUGAAAUUCAGUUAAAAGAACUUGUAGUUCAUAAUGACUUUUAACUGGUAGAAUAUUACUUGCAUGAGGUACUUACUUUAUGAUUAUCCUGAAAUUUCUGAGUGCAUAGGGUAUUCUUUGUCUAAAAAUAGCCUUUGUUUUGUCAGUCCUUCAGAAUAUUGUUAUUUAUUCUGAUAAAUUGACCCUCUUGCACAUGGCAGUUUAUUUUCUGGGAUACAUCACUGGGGGAAAAGGUUUUUGCCAGUCUAUCCAGAUUGAGUUUAUGUUGUUUAAGGAGGACUGCCAUCCUGCAUCUCUUUUUCUGAUUAGGGGACCAAAGGUGCCACUAAAGAAAAAUUGAAGACCUUCCCAACACUUUCUCAUCUGUGGUGAAGACAGAAUCUUAAAAUACAUUUGGAGUUUUAUCUCUUCUACAAGUUCAUUGAUGGCCCAGUUCCCUUCCAGUCUCCUGUCAUUUGAGCUUUAAGGGAUUACUGUUACUAAUUAUGAAGAAUGUGGAACAUUCACAUGGCUUGUGUGAAGCAUGGUGGGGGAGGAAAAACAUUUUUUUCUUAUGGGUUUUAUGCUCAUCUUUUGGAAAUACUGAUGUCAUAUUCAACUUUCAGAGAAUCUUAAUGCAUUUUAUUGCAUUUAGGUUAAGUAGAAGGCAUUGAAGAAUGCACUGACUUACAGGAAGUAUUUUGAUAUAUGAAGUUUCCCAAUUGAAGGAAUUAUUUAAUAAGUAAAAGCUAAGAAAUUUCAUUGAAAUCAUAAGACAGUUAAAAAUAAGAUGAGAAAAAUAACUGUACUACCUAAUAGAGAAUUUUGAUUCAAGAGGAGAGUCAAGUGAAUAUUUUUUGUUUAUUGGUUAGUAACAGUUUAUUUGUAACCUUGAUUAUAUUUAAAGAUAAUGUUCUGUUAGUAUGUUCUGUAUUAAUAAAAAUGAAUAAAAUUAA